AUGUCUGGUUUAUCGCCAUCCUCCUCUGGCCUACUUCCCAUGCCUGGCGCGCCGUCGUCGUCAUGGGGCGCGUACAAGGCGAGAGUUGCGGCUUUGCUGGGACAUCAUGACACCAAGGUUGUCGUAGCCUUUUGGCUUUUCGGUCUCAUCAAUAAUGUCCUCUACGUGAUUAUCCUUUCCGCCGCUCAAGAUCUCGUUGGUUCGCUACCGAAAGGCGUCGUCCUCCUCGCCGAUGUCGUCCCCUCGUUCCUUACCAAGUUGAUCGCACCAUACUUUAUCCAUCGCAUUCCGUAUCGCACGCGAAUCCUCAUAUUCAUAGCACUGUCUGCAGCCGGUAUGCUCAUGGUUGCUCUGACACCGCGAACUCAGUCCGUCGCGAUCAAGCUUGUCGGUGUAAUUCUGGCGAGCAUAAGCGCUGGUGGCGGUGAGCUGAGCUUCCUCGGCUUGACGCACUUCUACGGACCAAUGAGCCUCGCAGGCUGGGGAUCUGGAACCGGCGCCGCGGGCCUGGUUGGUGCCGGACUAUACGUGAUGUUUACCGAUUGGUGGGGACUAAGUGUGCGUAGCAGUCUGCUCAUAUCUGCGUGCUUUCCUGCCAUCAUGUUUCUCAGUUUCUUUGUGAUAUUGCCUCUUGGACCUUUGCGGGAGGGUGCAAGGAAGGAUUACGAUGCGAUUCCGGAUCUGGAGGACGAAGAUGUGAAUCAUAUGAAUCAAGGAACUGCUUCGUCGGCGCUGUUGGCUCCCGGUCCAUCUGUUGCGUCGACUGCGUACUCUGCCCGUAACAACCAGGACUCGCUCACGGUGAGAGACAGAAUGAGCAAGGUGAAGAAGCUGUUUGUGCCGUACAUGAUGCCGUUGCUUCUGGUGUACGUGGCCGAGUAUACGAUCAACCAAGGCGUUGCGCCCACGCUGUUGUUUCCUCUCGAGGAGUCACCCUUUGACGAAUUCCGAGCGUUUUAUCCAUUCUACGGAUUCCUCUACCAGCUGGGUGUCUUUAUCUCACGAUCGUCUACCCCGUGGAUCCGCAUUCACCAUCUUUACCUUCCGUCGAUGCUCCAGAUUGCGAAUCUUGUUCUUCUCACCCUACAUGCUAUGUACUUCUUCCUACCGUCAGUCUAUGUCGUCUUCAUCAUUGUGUUCUGGGAAGGUCUGCUAGGAGGUGGUGUUUAUGUCAACUGCUUUGCGGAGAUUAUGGAGAACGUCCCAGCCGAGGACAGAGAAUUUAGUCUGGGCGCGACGACUGUGAGUGAUAGCGGAGGAAUCUCCAUCGCUGGACUAUUGAGCAUCGUGAUGGAGACCAAACUGUGCAAUUACCAGGUAGCGCAUGGACGGGACUGGUGUCAACGCAUUUCAGCACAGGGUCAAUAG